GCAUACUUUCCAGCGAUGCUCAUGAACGUCAGAUCAAGACAACAUGAAUACCAGCUGCGCUCUGAUGGAUGCCGACAGCGUUGAAGAAGCCCAAGCCCAGGCCGACAGGAAUGUGCGCCACGGCUGUCAUCGUUCAGUGCCACGAGAGGUGGCCGUUGGCGCUCUAUUGGGGCUGCUCCUUCUUGUCAAUCUUGCGAUCAGCCUGUAUCAACUCCCACUGAACCGCGUCAUUGAGCGGAGACUGUGUCGCGAAUACUACACCCAACAUAAUCCUUCCGCGAUUGGGCGCGAAGGGAAUGUUGCCGAGGAGCUGUGCAAGAUUGACGAGGUGCAACAGGAUUUAGCUUGGAUUCAAGGUGUUAUGGAGACAACAUGGAUUGUUGGGGACUUGGUCAUGACAAUACCGCUGGGUUUUAUGGCGGAGAAAUACGGUCAACGAACCAUUCUGUGGCUCAAUCUCGUCCCUCGCAUUUUCAUGCUAGCUUGGGCUGUUAUCGUAGGGUAUUUCGAACAAAGCCUGCCGACCAAAGCUUUUAUUGCCGGUCCGACUCUGUCGAUACUAGGCGGCGAUUGCGUUUUCAAUUCCAUCACCUACUCUCUCGCCGCCGGCAUCACUGAUGACAACGUUUUGCGGGCUACUUAUUUUGGGUGGAUGAGUUCUGUAUCCUACGUUGUCGCCCUGGCCGGUCCAGCUCUUGCAUCCGCUUCGAUGACCGUUUUGCUCUGGCUGCCUUUCUGGCUGGGGAUAACCCUGUUGCUACUUGCUAUUCCGACCAUUUUGCUUCUCCCGAGCGACUCCGGUGUACUGAACUCCAGCCCUUCGACCAGCGGUGACGAGGAUUCACACCCGCUGAUCUCAUCCUCAAUCUUGACAGCGCAAUCAUCUGACCAGACCAUCUUGAGAUCGAUAUCUAAACGCAUCGAGGCGUUGCGGUCUAUCUUAAGCAGUCAACCGCGCAACUUGAAUUUGCUGCUUAUCUUCUUCCUCCUAACUUCCUUGGCAAGUUCCGACACCAAGCUGCUGGCCCAGUACAUCUCCAAGCGUUAUCACUGGCCAUUCGCAUCUGCAGGCUACUUGCUAUCAGGCAAGGCAGUGGUCAACUUGACCUUACUCGCCGUCAUCAUUCCUAGACUCAUUCGGGCAAGACAUGCAUCUUGUCGCCUCAAUCCGCAAGGGGAGUCUCCAGAUCAAGUCAACAUCCGCUACGCCAACCUAUGUCUCUUGAUGUCAGUCUUGGGAGCACUGGCCAUCGCACUUUCCGCUAAGGUUUGGCUUCUUGUGCCAUCAUUGUUCAUCUAUGCCCUCGGCUCGGCGUUGCCCGUAUUUACACUUUCCCUGCUGAAAUCGCCCGCCGUGACGCCGAAGCAGGAUGACCGCUUCGGCGACACAACGGAUCCUGAGACACAUAUAUUUUCCAUGGUCAUGAUGGUCAAGACAAUUGGUUCGCUUUUUGGGGCGCCGUUGAUGGUGGUUCUCUGGAUGCAGGGCAUUGGCAUGGGAAGUGCGUCGCUGGGCUUGCCGUACUUUGCGAGUGCCAUAGGAUACGUACUUGCCACCGUCGUCUUUUCAGGUGUGAAGGUGUGGUGAGGUGAGGGCAGUGUCAGUCCUCCGACCCUGAGUGCUCGUGAAGCUACAUAUCGAUUUCCAAAAACCCACCGGGGGCCUUUCGGCGGCCCUCUUGGUCACUCCUGAAGCCAUAAAUCCAGGCACUAACCAGCUAAGUGUUCUUUUCUCACGGUCGCAGUUCGACUGCCAGGAAACAAUCAAGGAACCCAUUGCGCCUAAGUACAACAGUACCAAGUCCCCAUCAAUAAUCGAUUGCCUCGAAAAGGGCAGGCGGGAAUAGAUUGCAGGUAACCGUUGACAUAAGAGGAAUAACACGUCUAAAUUCACAAAAUAGCAACCAAUUACAUCAAGUUUAC